UAGAGAAUUUUGGGGCAUGCAAGAGAUGGAUAUAAGAAUAUCAAGUGCUCUGGUAGCUUUCAUGCUAAUAAUAUUCAUUUCAAUGAAAGCUACAUUUGUUGAAGGUCAAAACAACAACAACAAGGGUGCCUAUGAUGCUGCUUCAACAAAUUACUACAUGUUAACAGCUCUACCUACAGGGCAGGAAAGAGCAUACUGUCUAGCAAGAGGGGCCUGUAACCAAAAAACUCUUGUGUGUCCGGCUCAAUGUCCACAGAGGAAGCCGAGAGAGAACAAGAAACAGAAGGGAUGCUUCAUUGACUGCAGUAGCAAGUGUGAAGUCACUUGCAAGUGGAGAAAACCAAACUGCAAUGGGUAUGGCUCUCUUUGUUAUGAUCCGCGUUUUGUAGGUGGUGAUGGUGUAAUGUUUUACUUCCAUGGAGCGAAAGGAGGGAACUUUGCCAUUGUCUCAGAUGACAACCUUCAAAUUAAUGCUCACUUUAUAGGCACUCGACCUGAUGGAAGGACUCGUGACUUUACAUGGGUGCAAGCUCUUGCAGUCAUGUUUGAUUCUCACAAUCUUGUCAUUGCUGCUAAGAAAGUCUUACAUUGGGAUGAUGAUGUUGAUGCACUCAUUGUAAGAUGGGAUGGUGAGACGGUUAAUGUACCCACGGAUGGAGACGCAGAAUGGAGGAUAAAUAAUGACAGAGAAGUUGUGGUGGAGAGAACCGAUAAUACUAACAGUGUAAGAGUGACAGUUUCCGGUUUGUUGGAAAUGGAUGUGAAGAUUAGGCCUAUUGGAGCUGAAGAAAACAGGGUUCACAACUAUCAAUUACCAAAUGAUGAUGCUUUUGCUCACUUGGAGACACAGUUCAGGUUUCCAAAACUAACUGACCUUGUUGAAGGAGUUUUGGGCAAAACUUACCGGCCAGACUUUGUUAGCCCUGUCAAGAGAGGAGUUCCAAUGCCAAUGAUGGGUGGGGAAGACAAGUACCAAACUCCAUCCCUAUAUUCACCUCUUUGCAGAGUUUGCAGAUUCCACAGGCAGUCAGAGACGAUUGCAGUUGAAUAACUAUAUCAAUACUGAUAACAAUCGCGAAAGCUGUGAAUCUUGUUGGUGUAUGUGCAACCCAAAUAAGGGAUAGUAAUUUUUCCCAUGUGACAUUGUCAUUCUUUGUUCAUCCAGUUAACAUCAAUAGUGUGCAUAUUGUCCGUUGAGUCAUGUGUGUUUUCAUCUUGUCUCAGUUCAUAUUUUUGCAUUUGGAAUACAAAAAAGAAACAGUUUUUGCCAGGCCACAUUUUUUUUUCAUGCAGUUUAAGCUUUCU